CUCGUCAACUACUUACACUGCACACCACUUUAUACCGCUCCAUCCUUAUUUCCUUAUUCCCUACAACGAUGCAUUUACAUAUUUAUAUCGCAACCGGAAUACACGCUAUUUCUACUGCCAUGGACAAUAUGGGCGCUUUCAAGAUGUUCGAUAACACCAUUGUUACCCUGGAAUUCGAUGUGCCUAGGCCAAUCCUCGUUUUCUUCGACAAGGUAAGAAUCAUAAGCAACAGCACAUGCCACACGCGAAUGGACAGCCCUAGCACUCUCAUUGCCCUCCUUUACUACCACAACGCAACCAUGGUACAUCUAGCGUUGGGUGCAGUCCUCUGCGCAAUUCUCUCCAAGCUGCUAAAGCUCGUUAUCCGCCAGAAGCGUCCAACUCGCUACAACCACGGCAAGAAAUCCUACGGCAUGCCAUCGUCGCAUUCGUCCGCAGUCAUGUACUUCAGCACUGUGUUGUCACGGAUGCUGCUCACAGAGUACUGCAACGGCCCACCAUGCCUCGAGUCGUCGCUGGCAUCAUGGUUCGGCAUUAUAUUCGGCACUGCAUGGUGGACAUACAGGCUCUCUGUUCUGCCGCACAUCAGCGGCAUGAUGGGCAUGGUCUCGCAGCAGCUAAUCGCCUGCAUCUAACUAUAGAUCUUCUUCCAAUGUACUAUUUCCUAAGUUAUCAAUGCAUUUCAUUUUUUAG